AGGCGUCCAACGCCAGCAAGGGCAACGCCACGAACAGCAGCACCAGCAGCACCACCAACGCGACCACCACCACCACCACGGGAGGCGGGGGCGGCGGGGGCGUCCGGGCCCCCAAGACCAGGUCCGCCUCCUGCGCCUUCUGCAUCUGGCUCAUGCAGUCCCUCAUCCACAUCCUGCAGUUGGGACAGAUCUGGAGAUAUUUCCACACCAUAUACUUGGGCAUCCGGAGUAGAAGGAGUGGUGAUAAUGACAGAUGGCGCUUUUAUUGGAAAAUGGUUUAUGAGUAUGCAGAUGUGAGUAUGCUCCAUUUGCUUGCUACAUUUUUGGAAAGUGCCCCGCAGCUGGUACUGCAGCUCUGCAUUGUUGUACAGACACGAACUCUUCAGGCCCUCCAAGGUCUUACAGCAGCAGCAUCACUUGUGUCUUUGGCAUGGGCAUUGGCUUCAUAUCAAAAAGCUCUUCGUGAUUCCCGUGACGACAAAAAACCAAUCAGUUACAUGGCUGUAAUAAUCCAGUUUUGUUGGCAUUUCUUCACAAUCGCAGCCAGGGUGAUUACUUUUGCUCUAUUUGCCUCUGUUUUCCAACUAUACUUUGGGAUCUUCAUAGUCCUCCACUGGUGUAUCAUGACCUUUUGGAUUGUCCACUGUGAGACGGAAUUCUGCAUCACUAAGUGGGAAGAAAUUGUCUUCGACAUGGUUGUUGGAAUAAUUUAUAUCUUUAGCUGGUUUAACGUCAAAGAAGGAAGGACACGCUGUAGGCUUUUCACUUAUUAUUUUGUGAUCCUUUUGGAAAACACUGCCUUGAGUGCUCUUUGGUACCUGUACAAGGCUCCUAUGAUUUCUGAUGCAUUUGCCAUACCGGCACUAUGUGUGGUGUUCAGCAGCUUUUUAACUGGCAUUGUUUUUAUGCUGAUGUACUAUGCCUUCUUUCACCCCAAUGGACCAAGGUUUGGGCAGUCACCAAGCUGUGCUUGUGAGGACUCAGUAGCUGCCUUUACUCUUCCUCCAGAGGUAGCAUCAAGUACUUUAAGGUCUAUUUCUAAUAACCGGAGUGUCACAAGUGAACGUGAUCAGAAAUUUGCAGAAAGAGAUGGGUGUGUACCUGUCUUUCAGGUUAGACCUACUGCACCUUCUACACCUUCCUCCCGACCACCAAGGAUUGAAGAAUCUGUCAUUAAAAUUGAUCUAUUCAGGAACAGGUAUCCAGCAUGGGAGAGACAUGUAUUGGACAGGAGCCUAAGGAAGGCAAUUUUAGCUUUUGAAUGUUCUCCUGCUCCCCCACGACUACAAUAUAAAGAUGAUGCCCUUAUACAGGAGCGGCUGGAAUAUGAAACAACACUAUAGACAAUUUAAAAAACAAAAACAAGUCAAUGCAGCGGCUGUGAUCCAUCCAGAUAACAGGGUGGCAGUAGGGCCGUGGCAAUAACUUCAAACUUUAUUCUACAACAGAGCAGCAGACAUUAGUAGUGUCCUUAGUCUGGUGGCCAUCAUGAUUAUCAUUUGAUCCACUGUCCCACAGUCUGUCUGCAAUACACCUAGAAGCAGCAGCAUCCAAGAGCCUCAAAGAAUCCAUUAUUCUCACUGGGAAAUAGACCUAGUCCAAUGACUUCCUAUUUCUUUCAAUGUGCACUGCAUAGGAUUUAAAAACAAAAUGAAGGAAGGUCUGAAUGAAUAGCAUCACUGUACCAAUUAGUGCUUUUUUAAAAUUUUAGAGAAACUUAAAUUAUUGAUGUUUGCAUAGUUAUUUACAAAAUGAAGAAGCAGUUUGGAAAAACUUGUCAAAAUAGCUUAUUUUGUAAAAUGGCAAUAUUACUGUUAUGUGAACUCUAGUUUCUAUAAAAGGAAUUAUAUAGUUCUCUUGUCUUGAGUAGGUAAAUCAUGAAAUAUUUGCAAAAGGGUUAUCAUUGAAAAAGACAUGGAUGUUUUUUUUUCUUUGUCUAGAACUGAGUUAAAUUCUAAUCAAGCAAACUACAUGCGUUGAACUUGUAAACAAAAGAGCGAUUCAAAAUUUAUGGUUUUUUUACAGAAAUCAAUAUUAUAUGUACAACUUCAGGGUUUUUUUAAAAGAAAUUCUAUGCAGAUGACCCCACCCCCAGAUUCCAGCAACAACUGGAAGCUCUAUUGUUUAGAUGUAAAUUAAAUGAUAAUCAUGAUUAAGUUCUCAAUUGCAAAAAAGAAAGAAAGAAAGAAAGAAAAAGCAAGGAAGAGAGAAAAUAAAAGCAAGAAGGUGCACACCUUGUAUUCUAAACCUUCUGGAGAUCAUAUUCAGGAAAGCAUUGAGAGAUAAAUAGUCCCUUUGCCUAUUCAUUUUUCCCCAGGAUCUAAGAUGCAUGGCUAUCCAUGUGAACAUAUUCAGAAGGUAUGAUAAUAGACCUCAGUAUCCCAAGCUCUUCUAGUGCCAAUCAUUGUGUAACAGUAAGAUUAAUAUUGUUGUCUGAGGGACAGCAAAUGGGAGACACACAUCUGAAAGAAGCAAGAAGCUGGGAAGAACAAGCCUACUUUCCAUGUUUACAGAGAACACUGGUCCUAAGAUGAAAACCAGCUAUUUGGUUGUAAGUAUAUAUAGUAAAUAAAAAGGGCAAAAUCCUAUUGCAAAAAAAAAAAAAUUAAAAUAAAAUGUGCAUGUAAGGGCAAUUGCACAAGAGAUUUUUGCAUUUCCUGGGCCAUUGGUCAUGUAAUCAAGCAUGUUUGAAAGAAACCCACUUCAUAGCCUACUGCUAAAAUUAUCUGUUCUUUUCUGCCUUUAUUCAAAUGAAAAUUAACUGCAGUUUGUCUGGGUCAAGCACAUGACCAAGCAUAUCAUCCUGUAUGUCAGGGGUCUCAAACAUGCGGCCCGGGGGCCAUUUGCGGCCCGCUGGAUGAUAGUUUA